CUUCCGGAAGGGAGCCAGUCCUCCUAGGGUGGGGCUGGAGGCGGGCCUGCAUUCUCUUGGGCAGCUUCUCUCCUCUCUUCUGGGAGAUCAGACCAUUCCUUAAUGCUCCCACCCUUCCCAUCUCUUUCCUGGGUCGUGUCAGUUCUGCCAAUUCUUCCCCUUCAAAUAUCAUCAGGUGGGAGAGGGGAGACUAUCUUCCAGCAGUCUGGAGGCAUUCUAGAUGCAUAGAAGAAAGAUGGAAGGGCAAGAGCCAGCUGUCACCCAGACUGAAGUAUUGUCUUCUGCUGAUGAGGCAGAGAAGAAUACAGCAUUCUGGGAGGACCCUUGGAGGAAAGACCGGGAGAGCAAUCUGCUCCAUUCAGACCUUCUGUACCAGUGCUUCCGUCAUUUCCGCUACGAGGAGACUUUGGGGCCCCGAGAGGUUUGCAGCCGCCUCCACUCUCUCUGCCGCCUGUGGCUGAAGCCCGAGCGACACUCCAAGGCGGAGAUGCUGGACCUGGUGAUCCUGGAGCAGUUCCUGGCCGUCCUUCCUGCGGAGAUGGAGCGCUGGGUGAGGGAAUGUGGGGCAGAGACCAGCUCCCAGGCCGUGGCCUUGGCUGAAGGAUUCCUCCUGAGUCAGGAAGAGGAGAGGAAGCAGGAGACGCCCCUGGUGCAGAACGCUGUUGCAGAAGAGACCAGUCAGGUGAAGGAGUCUCUUUCAAACAUUUGGCUCGUCCAUAUUGGAGGAGGAGAAUAUAUCCUAGUUGACAGUGAAACAUGGCCAAAUGGCAUCAGCAGAACUUUUCCUGAUUCUUUCCUAAGAAGAGAUUCUGCAGGACCAGAUCAGGUGACUUUUGGAGAUGUGUCUGUGGAUUUCUCGGAGGAGGAGUGGGCCCUCUUGGAUCCAAGCCAAAAAGCCUUGCACCAGCAAGUCAUGGAGGAGAAUUUAGGAAUCGUGUCAUCUAUGGAGGAGACACAAUUUAAAUAUUUUGAAGAUGGAAUUAAUUUCCAUAGGAAGGAAGAGCUCAUCUUUUCUCAAGAAACUAACCCAAAGGAAAAACCAUUUAAAUGCUUGGAGUGUGGAAAGAACUACCGUCAGAAGGGAGGCCUUAUUUGUCAUCAGGCAACUCACACAGGAGUAAAGCCAUUUAAAUGCUUGCAGUGUGAAAAGAGCUUCAGUCAAAAGAGAAACCUCAUUAGUCAUCAGGCAACUCACACAGGAGAGAAGCCAUUUAAAUGCUUGCAGUGUGAAAAGAGCUUCACUCACAAGCAUGUCCUUAUUCGUCAUCAGGCAAUUCACACAGGAGAGAAACCAUUUCAGUGCUUGGAGUGUGGAAAGAGAUUCAGUCUGAACUCACACCUUGUUUGUCAUCAGGCAACUCACACAGGAGAAAAGCCAUUUAAAUGUUUGGAAUGUGAAAAGAGCUUCAGUCGCAAACACGUCCUUAUUCGUCAUCAGGCAAUUCACACAGGAGUAAAACAAUAUAAAUGCUCGCAGUGUGAAAAGAGCUUCAGUCAAAAGGGAAACCUUAUUAGUCACCAGGCAACUCACACAGGAGAAAGGCCAUUUAAAUGCUCAGAGUGUGAAAAGUGCUGCAGUCGGAAGACACAUCUUGCUUGUCACCAGGCAACUCACACAGGGGAAAAGCCAUUUAAAUGCUCAGAGUGUGCAAAGAGCUUCAGUCACAAGCACAUCCUUCUUUGUCACCAGGCAACUCACACAGGAGAAAAGCCAUUUAAAUGCUUGCAGUGUGGAAAGAGCUUCAGCCAAAAGAGCAACCUUAUUAGUCAUCAGGCAACUCACACUGGAAUAAAGCCAUUUAUAUGCUCAGAAUGUGGAAAGAGCUUCAGUCGGAAAUCACACCUUGUUCAUCAUCAGGCAACUCACAGCAGAGAAAAACCAGAGUGUGGAAAGAGCUGCAGUUGAAAUACAAGUCUUCUUUUUUAAUUGUCAACCAACACAGAAGAAAUGGGGUAGAGGCAAGUUCCCUUGUUUUACAUCAGAGGGGGCAUGAAUCAUUGUCAUAGAAACACUGAGUUAAAAAGCCAUGGCUUUUGGGGAAAAUAAUAACCUGAUCAAUUUUCUUUGAUGAAAUAUCUCAUUAAACAUAACUGAUAAUAUUUUGAGAGUGAAAGGAAGGAUAUUUCAAGGUUUACCCGUUCAUGCAUACUGGUUACUGCGCCCAUACCUUGAGAGGUCUGACUUGACCAUGGUGGUCCACACUCUGGUUACAUCCCGUAUAGAUUACUGCAAUGUGCUCUACGUGGGGUUGCAUUUGAAGACUGUUCAGAAGCCAGGGCAGCCAAGUUGCUCACUAGAGCGGCACUUAGGAAGCAUACAACUCCCCUGUUGCAUCAGCUCCACUGGCUGCCAGUCUGCUACCGAGCACAAUUCAAAGUGCUGGCUUUAAGCCUAUAAAGCCCUAAACGGUUCUGGCCUAGGCUACCUGUACAAAAGUAUCUUCCCCUAUGAACCAGCUUGGGGACUAAGAUAAUCUGGGAAGGCCCUGCUCUUGGUCCCGCCUGCCUCACAAGUACUGCUGGCGAGGACAAGAGACAGGGCCUUCUCAGUGGUGGCCCCUCGGUUGUGGAACUCCCUCCCUAGCGACAUCAGAUCAGCCCCCUCCCUACUAGCCUUCAGGAAGAGAGUAAAAACCUGGCUCUUGGAGCAGGCUUUUGAAAAUUAGGGCAAUGCAGUAUGUCGAAUAUAGAAUUAUGUGCAAUUUGACUUUUGAAUGGCCUUAGACCUUGAACUCUGGAUGGCGUGUUUUUAACUUUGAAUUUAUUUUAACCAUUUUAAAUAUGUUGUAAUUUUAAAUUAUUUUAAGGUGAAUUUGU